UGCUCUUCUUCUUCUCCCCGUUGCAGCCACCCGAAAGAAGAAAGAAAAAAAGGGGAACCCAGCCAUACUUUGAGAAACCGGUGAGAAAGCUUGUAUUUCUCCUUAUUUUCUUGCUCUAAAACACAUGUAGAACCCAUAAAUUCUCCCCCCCGGCUAGAAAAUCCGGAUCUGCUUUGCUCUGUCCGCCGGCUGCUCUUGUUGUGGGGGCAAAAUUCUUCAAAUUCCGAUUUCCCGUGAGCUUCCCCUGCACUGCCGCCGGCUUCUCCCCCUGCCAAGUCCGGUUUUGCAGCUGAAAUUAUGGUUCGUGAUCGUUCUGUCAGUUUAGCACUGAGAUCGAGUCUUCGGUUUUAUGCGAGUGAGGUAAGUAAAUUUAUGGUAAUGCCCGUACAGUUUUUAAAAGCAUGUUUUGAUUUGUUUUUGAAGUGGUGGCGGGACUAAACCCGUUUUACACAAGUAUGAUCGAUUGAAAUGAAAUUUUUAUGCUUUUCAUUAAAUUGAACAUGCCUACUUGAAAUUUAAUUGAUUGUCCUGAUGAUUUGAAAGUGAUUGGUGAAUUAUGAUUUUUUUGUUAACUUCUGCUUGUUUUGUCUUCGAUGUGGUUAUGUUAUUAAUGAUCUUGCUAAUGGGGGUUAAACGCUAGCACAUGUCGAUAUGUUACUGAUAGAAUCGGUUCGUUCAAGUGUAGCCUGCCAGUGGGAGGUUUAUAACACUGGCCAUGACCUAUAGAGGAGACGUCUAUUUCGUUCCUGUACUGUAUCCGUUUUUCGUGCUUACACUUGUUGGCAUGCUAUAAGUUUAAUAAGGAGCACUCCAUAUUUUGCUUACUGAGUUUAUCUCAUAGUUUUUCCUUGUCCACCAUUUUAAGAAGUGAAACCGAGGACGGAGAAACCACGGGAAGUGACGAAUUAGAAGGCUAGCUAUUUCGAGAUUGACAUAGAUUUUAGAGAUAGAUCAUGAUCUUGUAAAUUGGAUUUUAAUUGGAGAUUUUAUAAAUUCAUUGAAUGGAU